AUGUUGAAGGACAGCCUUCGUCUUUCGCUCUCCUUUCGACUGCUGCACUCGCUGGGCAUGUCCAGGAUCCCCGUGCCUACACACCACACACCGCAGCAAUCCACACAACCCGCCUCACCCGCCAUGUCGCGCCCCAGCCAGCGCUCGCGUCCAGAGAGCGUCUACUCGGCGUCAGGGUCGAGCUUCGUCUCGUCCGCAUCCGCCGUACCCAGUACGCCGCCCACGAGCGUCGGAGGAGGAGAUGGGCUCGCAGAGACGCGCAAGAGGCAGAGCAGGAGGGACGAGGCUAUCCGCAAGAAGAUCGAGUCGGAGCUCGCUCGCAAGCGCCCUCCCUCGAAGCGCAGCGGCACCACCGGUGGAACCUCUCACCGCGCGCCGAAGCCCAAACAGGGCACCGUCUCGGCCCUUCGCCCGCUCCCCGCUCUGACGGUUCCUGCGGCUAUGAGCGUUGCGGACGCUAGUCAGCUUUGCGCGGCGAAGAGGACCGACUGCGUCCUCGUCGUCGACGAGAACGAGCACUUGUGCGGAAUCUUUACGGCAAAGGACUUGGCCUUCAGGGUCGUCGGCGACGGCCUCGACCCUCGCAACACGCCUGUCAGCGCUAUCAUGACGCCCAACCCGAUGGUCACGCGCGACACGACCUCCGCGACUGAAGCGCUUCAAACCAUGGUCACCCGUGGCUUCCGUCACCUCCCCGUCUGCAACGAAGACGGCGACGUUGUCGGUCUCCUCGACAUCACCAAGGUCUUCCACGAGUCGCUCGAGAAGCUCGAGAAGGCGUACGGCUCGUCGCAGCGACUGUACUCGGCGCUCGAGGGUGCGCAAGAGCAGUUCGGCGCAGUCGACACUGGUGCUGCCAACCCGCUUCUCGCCUACGUCCAGGCUCUGCGGGACAAGAUGUCCUUCCCUGACCUCGGGUCCAUCCUCGACGCUCGCACGACUGCUGCGACUGUCGGCGUCAAGACGAGCGUUCGCGAGGCUGCCAAGCUCAUGCGGGAGAAGCGCACGACGGCAGUCGUCGUGGUUGAGGGCGAUGGCAAGAAGAUUGCCGGCAUUUUCACCUCGAAGGACGUCGUCUUGCGCGUCAUCGCUGCCGGUCUCGACUCGAAGACGUGCAGCGUUGUUCGCGUCAUGACGCCUCACCCGGAUGUCGCUCUUCCCAGCUUGAGUAUCCAGGACGCCCUCCGCAAGAUGAACGACGGCCACUACCUCAACUUGCCCGUCGUCGACGAGGCGGGCGCGCUCAUCGGCAUCGUCGACGUCCUCAAGCUUACGUACGCGACGCUCGAGCAAGUCAACUCGCUUCACGUCGAGGGUGGCGCCGACGCUGCCGGCGGUCCUCUGUGGGGCCGCUUCUUCAGCGCUGCUGCACAGGCUGCCGGCGACGACGACGACACCGAAUCGAUGGUCUCGGGCGUCAACGGUUCCGAAGCGGCUUCGUCGCAGGCACCGCCGUUCCAGACGCCUACUCGGCCAGGCUACCACCGAUCGAAGGACAGUAUCGACACGCCUGGAUCGGAGCUGUACCCGAACGACUCGGCUUCCGUCAUCCACGACGAUGGCGCAUCGGACCUUGCGCCCGCUCCUCGUCGUCCCGGUCAGGCUUCGAGCGUCGGCGGCGCGUCGAGCCAAGCUCUUCCCAUCGUCGAUGACGGUACCUACCUCUUCAAGUUUGUUGCGCCUGGCGGGACGACCCACCGCUUCCAAGCGCGCUACGACUCGCACGAGUUCCUCCUCGACAUCGUCUCGGGCAAGCUUUCGUCCGACCCGUUCUUUGCCGAGCAGUCAGAGGACGAGGCGUUGCCCAAGGCCGACCCGAAGGACUUCUCGAUCAGCUACCGCGACGACGAUGGCGACCUCGUCCUCAUGACGGCCGACCGCGACGUCACGGACGCCGUCCAGACGGCCAAGCAGCAGGGCAAGGACCGCGUCGUCUUGCACGUCUCGGGCGGUCAGAGCUGGAAGGCUGCGCUUGCAGCGAAGGAGGAUGCAGCGGCUGCUGCGCCGGCAGUCGCGACGACCAAGAAGCUCGUUGUAGUCGAGGAGGGGGACGAAGAACGGAUCGAGGAGGAGGAGCAGGACGCCGCGGCUGAGCCCACCAAGCGCAAGUCGAGCAAGAAGGCUCCCGCAGGCGACGAACUCGUCGGCGGCGUCUUGCCGAAGGAGUACCUCCUCCCGGCGUCCAUCGGUUUCCUCGGCGUCGUCAUCGCAGGCGUCUUCAUCGCCUCCCGCGCGUCUGCGUCGUCUAGGUAG